CACGCGCACGAGACACUUUAAGGCCCUUCAAUCCCCACUCGGUCUCACCUGUUGAGAGAAAAAAAAAGUCCCAAUCACAGUCGCGUAAACAUACGAGCGAUACGUGAAUAAUUUACGCUCUGAUUAAUCCGUAAGACACAAAAGUUCACACAAGUUUCACAACUUUGAUUAUUGUCGAUUUAUUCACGAGUGGAAGGACCCAAAGGUCAUUAUUUGUUGUGGGCCCAAUUAUUCGUUAGUCACUCGGCAGUUUGGGAAAACCAACAACUCCCGGACUAUGACUUAAGAAAAAACAUCACCAAGGCUGAGAAAAUUUGGAAGUGAUUAAAAAUAAGGAAAUCCAUUGAAAAAUCAAAAUGUCGGAGAGACGUGGCCCCAAGGCCCUCGAGCUCUGGUGUAGACGCAUAACGGACGGUUAUCCAGGAGUUAACGUGCAAAACAUGACCACCUCGUGGCGAGACGGUCUUGCUUUCUGUGCGAUGAUUCAUCACUUUCGUCCCGAUCUCAUUGACUUCAAUAGCCUGAACAAGGACGACGUGUAUGGCAACAACGAACUGGCCUUCAGAAUCGCCGAACAACAUCUGGGCAUCCCUGCACUACUUGAUGCUGAGGACAUGGCCUCGUGCUCUGUACCAGAUCGAUUAUCCAUUUUGACUUAUCUCUCGCAAUUUUAUCAGCAUUUUGGUGGUUCAUCACCAAGUAGACUAGCCCUCAGCAGAUCGACCGAGAACACGAGCCAAGGAAUGACACCCGUAACUGAGUCCCCACAGCCAAAGGUAAUGCCACGUCUGGGUAUGCGUCGGGAGCUCUGCGCGGUGUGCGCCCUCCCGGUAUUUCUCGCCGAAAAACUAGUGAUAACCCGACGCACGUAUCACCGCACGUGUUUCAAAUGUGCCCGCUGUACGAAUCAACUCACACCUGGAAAUUUCUACGAGACAGAGGAAGGUGACUUCUGCUGUGAGACAUGUCCCGACGAGGAUAAAUCAACUCCCCUAUCCUCACCCCCCUCCACCGCCCUAUCAACUCCCUCGAUUCCCUCGACUCCCCUUCCCACCCCUAGAUCACUGAGUGACGAAGAGAAAACGAAAAAAAUCCAUGAAAAUCCGUCAAAAACAACGAGAAUGAGACUUGACUUUAUGUCCCAUCAACUCGAGUCAUCAACUGUUGACUCAGUUCCCGCUCAUCCCCCACCCCCCAUUCCUCAUGAUUCAACAAUCAUUGAAUCUCCCGGCGAGUGUUGUCAACCCCCGAGAGACAAUUUACCCCCUAAUUUUAAUGAUAAUAAUGAGGUUGAUGUAACAAGUGUUGAAUUAAAUGUUGAUGAUGUAAUUGUGUGCAAGGAUACCAAAGAGACACUUGGCGUUGAUAAUGAUGAUGAUGAUGUUGAUGAAGCCAGUCAGUGCCUUUCAGUUGUACAGAAAAGACUCAAGUUAUUUGAGAGAAUUGGUGUUGAUGAGGUGUUGAGCAGAAAUAAUAGUUUACGUGAGGCUGAUAAUGAUGUUGAUAAACAAGUUGAUGAUGAUGAUUGUGUAGAGCCUGACUCGUUGGACUUGUUGGAGUCAUCACGAGAUGUUGAAGAAGUAGAAGUUGAUAAGGUUGAUAAAAUUAAGCACCUUGAUAAUCCUCAAGACGAUGAUAAAAAUAAAGACGUCGGAUUAUUGAAUGCGGAAGGAAUUGAUCUGAGUGUUGAAUACCCCGAGGAUAUGAAUCCAUUCCACAGCGAUGAUGAUGAUAACGAGAUUGACACCCAAGAAGUGUUGAAAACCCCCAAAGUGUCAACAAAUCCCUUUGGCAGCAGUGAAGACGAUGAAGAGGAGAAAGUGCCAACACCUGCCGCUAGGAGAAGAACUGAUUCAACUGAACCCGUCAAAAGGAGACUCCAGGCACCGCACAUCAACCUCAACCCCUUCUGGAGUGAUGACGAAGAGGGGGAGAGUGAUGGUGAGGCGCCCAAGGUCAUUCCAGUUCCAAAACCAAGGACGAUCAGGGACAUUCCGGGGAAUUUAGAACGAGCUGGAUUGUACGCCUCCAGCAGUUCACUGGCAAGUUCCAGUUCUACUACUACAACACCCGGGGGUACAUACAGAAAGAGAAAGCCCGCACCACCACCACCAGUUGGUAAUGAACGAGUUUCAACGAGUAUUUCUGACAUUAAAUCCCCACAAUCUUCAAAUAAUUCACCAGUAAAAACCCCAAGACCCAGAAAAUCAAAGCCAGCGCCGCCUCCACCACUUCCCACCAGCCUCUUAUCAACGCUGUCUCUGACGUCCCCUCCCUCCUGGGAGGAGGAAAAAAUCUCAAAGAACCAAUCGAAUAAAUCUAAACAGUCUCAGAGGUCUCCAGCUCCAGUUGAUGACGACGACUCCUUCUCCUACUCCGACAAGAGUACCCAAGGCAAGUGGAAGCGUAAAAAGGGUCCAGCACCGGCGCGUCCAGUGCCACAAAGGCGUAAGAUCAAGGUGAUGUCGAUGAAGGAUGUGAAAUUGGAGCUAGACGAGAUUGAGAUGCAGCAGCAGGGGCUCGAGAGACAGGGAGUGAGACUGGAGCAACUGAUACGAGACAGAUGUGAGAAUGAUCAUGACAAUGAACCCCCGAGGGAUGACAACAUGACAAUGGACGUUGAGGAACUCGUGCUCGAGCUGUUCUCAUUGGUCAAUGAAAAGAAUGAAUUGUUUAGGAGACAGGCGGAGUUGAUGCUGCUGAAGAGACAACAGAGACUCGAGGAGGAGCACGCGGACAUUGAGUACCAGAUAAGGUGUCUCAUGUGUCAACCCGAGGCCACUAAGACUGAUUUUGAUAAGCAGAGGGAGGAGAAACUCAUUCAGAGGCUUGUGGAGAUUGUUGAGAGGAGAAGUGAAAUUGUUGAGUGCCUAGAGAUGGACAGGCGGAGGGAAGUGGAAGAGGACAAGAGCAUCAACAUGCAUAUGGGACUUUAUGCAGCUAAAAGCAAAGGAGAUUUGACGAAAGACCUCGAAUUCUCCCCAAAACCUCAAAAAUCCAAGAAACUGAAGAUCAAGGGAACAAUUCUCGACAAACAUCUGAAAAAAAUACACAAGAAGGACGCUGACAAGGACGUGGAUGAGACUGAAGUCAAGCUUAAACGCCAAAAUAAGAAAAAAUGGUUCUAAUAUCAUAUCAUUUAGCACACUCAUUGAACAUCCACGUGAAAUGUAGAAUCUCAAAUUUAUAUUUUAAGAGUCAAAUCAAUAUUUAAUACAUCAAUAUUUUUUUUUAUAAAUAAUAUUUUUCCUUGAUAAUACCCUUUGUACUUUGUAUUUAUGAAAUAAUUUCUUUCCUUUUUUUUCGUAGUUUAUGUACACUGUAGUUGAAUAAACUUAAGUCUGAAAAUAA